CGCUCAGCAGCAGCCAAGACACCCGCAACCCGGAGCGGCAGCACGUCGGAUGGAGGGCGUGUCAGCCACAGCUACCGCCGGCGCCGCCCAGAGGUACAAGCGCGCACUCGCCACGGUACAUGUCUGCUGCUCCCCUCACUCUCCACAGGUACGUGCUUGUCCCCUCUUUCCUCUCUCCAACGCAAUCCCCACACCCCCCUCCAGCUGUGGCCCCUCUGUCCCUGCCUGGACCCUGGUUCCCUGCCCCAAAUCCCAGCAGCUCUGGCUGCUGUGGCCCUACUAGAGAGCCCCUAGAGGCUCUAGGGGACCCCCCUGUCGCCGCAGCUCCAGCGCCCGAAGCACCGUCCAUGCAGACUGCAGGGCAGAGCUCGCGUUGGGAAGGUUUUUUUUUUCUUGCGUCAGUCACUUCUCAUGGCUCUUGGGCACCCGGAGUACAAGUAAAGUGGGCAGUGGAUUUUUUUUUAUUUCGAUCCCUCCUCGAUCGAUGGAUGGAUGCGUUUCUGGCGGCGACUCUCCCGGCUUUCGUCAAAAACUCGAUCGUUCGCUCCUGUGCCCUUCUGCUCUCCCCACCUGCAUUGCCAACCUUUCACCCUCUUCUCAUCUCGUCUCAUCUACUUGUACUCUGGACCUCGCCUCUCUCCCUGCCUUGCUCUUCCUUCACCCUCACCAUCACCCUCCACAGAAGAGAAGUCUUGAUAAUCUUCUUAUCCUUGUUUCCGCAUCGUCUCUCGUUUGCAGAAAGCAGAGCCCUAUCGCUGUCAGCGGCAAUCGUGCAUGCAAGGCGGCGCCACCUGAGAUUGGCUUGAUUUCGAUCCUGUUGAGAUUUAUACCACACUGCGCCCCGCCAGCGCGACACAGAGCAGCCACUUCACCAGCCUGCCACCUAUACAUGCA